UGGCAAGUCUAUUGGUAUCAAGGUCAACAAACAGUCGGUGGCUGGAGCCGAGUGGCUGGACGAAGAUCUCAAAACAAUGAACUCCAUCCCUGAAGACGAAAUCACAGCUCUGUCCGAGACAACCGAACAACUGAAAUUCCAUGAUACAGAUAACAAUAAUGACGAAUCUGCAAAAGUUAGGCCUACUCUCAAUCGCGAGGUCCUAGUGGUCGAAAAUAACGGUAUUAAGGUUUGCUACGAUGGACGGGCCAAGAGCAAAAGUUUGUGCCGCACCACAGUGGCAACGCGGUCCUUUGACACUCUGUACGUGCCCAUUCUGAUCGAGCGACCGGCCACUAUCUGCGCAUCAGGUGAUUUUUUGGCAUAUUUGGAACAAUUUCUCAAUGCUCCGGAAGACGUGCAACUGGCAAUCCUGGAUUGUUCCGCCCAGCCGCUCGAUUCGCCCAUGGGACAAUCCUUGGUCGAACCUGCGAAAGUUCUGUUUUUAUUGGAAGUGAUAGACGACUUUGAUCUGAUACACCGGCUGCUCUCGAUUUAUGCGACAAAUGCCCAUCAAUACAAAGAGGAUGACGACGGCGGAAUCGGUUGCCUUCCUCUCUUUGGUUCUAAAAUGAAUCAUUCCUGCGACGGCGGCAAUGUCCGAUAUUUGUCUCAGUCAUCAAUAGAUGGUUGUGUCGAAUACACUGUCACAAAGCCCAUCCAAAAAGGCGACAUUGUGUCUGUCACCUACCUCACAGAUCUAUUUGAGACUCCCACACCAGAACGGCGUCAGAUAUUAUUCGACACAAAACAUUUUUGGUGUGAAUGUGACCGGUGCAAUGGACCCGACUAUUGUCGCUUCCUUCCAUGCCCCGAGUGCUCCAAAUUUAUUGCAUGUGUCUAUGCACAAAACUCCUCGGAUCACCCUCUAUGGAAGUGUCCUACGUGCGAUCUCGAUUCCGACGACAACGAUCACCUGAUCGUCCUGGAACGACAAAUGGAACAAACGCUCACAAUGAUGGAACGAUCGGUUCAAAAAGAAACCACCAAUUUCAACAGGAUCCCUGAGGAGGUUACCCCUGCCGAUCUCAAGGAAGUUGUCCAAGAAUGCUCCGAGAAAUUAUCUCCUACCCAUUACCUUACUAUGAAAGCCUUGCGGCUGCUUGUUACUGUGUGUACGUGCUCCGCCUAUGUUCAAACCAAGAGAUUGGUCGUUCGAGGAGGUUGGACCAAUCAUCAAAUUCUCGCUUACCACCGAGCUGGUGUCCAAGCUAGUUUUCGAUCUAUUGCAGCCUGUGAAUGUGUGGCAGCGGGAUGUCCCGGGUGUACAUUGCUGGUUACAGCUGGAAGCGGAGAAGGGAAGACCAGCAAGGGUGGGACAGCGGCGGACAUGUUCCCGCAUGCACCCCUUUUUGAUCGAGCUGCACCGGUACAUCGAGCCUGCGAGGAACUGACGAAAUACCUUCCACCCCACUACUGGCCCAGCUAUACUGUAACCAUCUUCACUCGCUACCAGCCCUUGUUACACGUUAUGUUUGGCCGGGCUGCUAUGGAGGAAAUCGAAACAAAGUUGCUGCCCUGGAAUCAAGCAAGUUGUCUACCGUGUGGCACAGUUUGGAGUGGAUCACUAUAGAAAAUCAAAGCUCCUACUGCAGCCGCGCCAUCUACUUCGAGCUACCGGUAUUGGUAGCGUUGAUUGGGGCCAGACGAUUCAACACAUGACCGGCGGAUAUUCCAUAUUCCAUGUAUAGGUUUUAGACAACUAAAGUACCACUAUAGGCACCCGACGACACAGUUGUGUCUCUGCCUCGUACCAACUUCUCUUACUGAUGACUUUU